AUGCCCCAGCUCCCGCUCCCCAUGGCGCUGCUCCUCUGCUUUGGCCUCCUUGGGCUGUUUCCAGGGGUCCUGGCUACAGACACAGAGGAACGGUUGGUGGAACAUCUUCUGGAUCCUGCCCGCUACAACAAGCUCAUUCGCCCAGCUACCAAUGGCUCAGAGCUGGUAACAGUACAGCUUACAGUGUCUCUAGCCCAACUCAUUAGUGUGCAUGAGCGGGAGCAGAUCAUGACCACCAAUGUCUGGCUGACCCAGGAAUGGGAAGAUUAUCGGCUCACCUGGAAACCAGAAGAGUUCGACAAUAUGAAGAAAGUGCGGCUCCCUUCCAAACACAUCUGGCUUCCAGAUGUUGUCCUCUACAACAAUGCUGAUGGAGUUUAUGAAGUCUCCUUCUACUCCAAUGCUGUGGUCUCCUAUGAUGGUAGCAUCUUCUGGCUUCCACCUGCUAUCUACAAGAGUGCCUGCAAGAUUGAGGUCAAGCAUUUCCCCUUUGACCAGCAGAAUUGCACCAUGAAGUUCCGUUCCUGGACUUAUGAUCGAACAGAGAUUGACUUGGUCCUGAAGAGUGAAGUUGCCAACUUGGAUGAUUUUACACCCAGCGGGGAAUGGGACAUCGUGGCCUUGCCUGGCCGGCGGAACGAGAACCCCGAUGACUCCACUUACGUGGACAUUACCUACGAUUUCAUCAUCCGCCGCAAACCUCUCUUCUACACCAUCAACCUCAUCAUCCCCUGCAUUCUCAUCACCUCCCUGGCCAUCCUGGUUUUCUACCUGCCCUCGGACUGUGGGGAGAAGAUGACGCUUUGCAUCUCGGUCCUGCUGGCUCUCACCGUUUUCCUCUUGCUCAUCUCCAAGAUCGUCCCGCCCACCUCGCUGGACGUGCCGCUGGUCGGCAAGUACCUCAUGUUCACCAUGGUCUUGGUGACUUUCUCCAUCGUCACCAGCGUCUGCGUCCUCAACGUGCACCACCGCUCCCCCACCACCCACACCAUGGCCCCCUGGGUCAAGGUCGUGUUCCUGGAGAAGCUGCCAGCAGUCCUCUUCAUGAAGCAGCCACGCCACAACUGUGCCCGCCAGCGGCUGCGCCAACGACGACGGCAGCGCGAGCAGGAAGGCGGCGUCGGCGUCAGCGGAGGAAUCUUCUUCCGAGAUGCCCCGGGGGCCAACUCCGGUACUUGCUUUGUCAACCAGGCCUCUGUCAAGGAGUUCGGUGGAGUUUUCGGGGCCGAGUCAGCCGAGUCGGCCAAAGGCUACCGAGGGCGAGCGGGCCCCGUUGGGCCGUGCGGCUGUGGGCUCAAGGAGGCAGCGGACGGCGUGCGCUUCAUCGCUGAUCACAUGAGGAGCGAGGAUGACGAUCAAAGCGUGAGUGAGGACUGGAAAUAUGUGGCUAUGGUGAUUGACCGCCUGUUCCUCUGGAUCUUUGUUUUUGUCUGCAUCUUUGGCACCAUUGGCAUGUUCCUGCAGCCGCUUUUCCAGAACUACGCUACCAACACGUUCCUCCAUCUGGCCCAUCCAGCUUCCAGCUCCAAGUGA